GAGGCCGUAGUCAUGCCACCGCGAAGAUAUGCGUUCGGGAGGCCGGAAGACGCCACCCACCCGGACUCCAUCAGAGCCACCUUGUCCGAGUUCCUCUCCACUUUAAUCUUCGUCUAUGCUGGCGAAGGCUCCGUCCUUGCUCUUGAUAAGCUGUACAGGGAGACGGCUUUAGCUGCGCCGGGGCUGGUGGUUAUUGCACUGGCACACACGUUGGCACUUUUUGCAGCGGUGUCUGCGAGUAUGAACGUGUCGGGAGGGCAUGUGAACCCUGCAGUCACCUUUGGUGCGCUUGUGGGAGGGAGGAUCUCACUGGUGCGUGCCGUCUUCUACUGGGUUGCUCAGCUCUUGGGUGCUGUUGUUGCUGCUCUCUUGUUGUGGCUCACAACUGAUGGCUUGAGACCGGUUGGGUUUGCGGUAUCGGCGGGCGUGGGCGUGUGGAAUUCUUUGUUAAUGGAGAUAGUGAUGACAUUCGGGCUGGUGUACGUGGUGUAUGCAACUGCAAUUGAUCCCAGAAGGGGAAGCUUGGGGACCAUUGCGCCUCUGGCCAUUGCCUUCAUCGUCGGGGCGAAUAUCCUGGUGGGCGGGCUGUUCGAUGGAGCGUCGAUGAACCCGGCAAGGGCGUUCGGGCCAGCUCUGGUGGGUUGGAGGUGGAGGAACCAUUGGAUCUACUGGGUUGGUCCUUUUGUUGGAGGAGCAAUGGCUGGUGUCUUGUACGAGUUUGGGGUUAUACAGGCUGAGGUGCCUCACCAUACCCAUCACCAGCCCUUGGCUCCAGAAGACUACUAGUUGGGUCAUUUUGUGAAUCAAAGUAUGUGUGUGUUUUGGUGUUUGGUUUAGCUUGGUUUAUUGUUCUUUAAUUAUGUGUGUAGUAUCAGAGUCUUUAUGUUUGUUAUCUGCCAAAUAAUGAUACAAUAAGGUCAAUGACAAUAAUGUAGCUUUCUGGCUAAUCGAUAUUCCAUUUUCUUUUAUCAUAGUUGAGUAGGGAAGUGAGAUUUUAUUUAUUUAAUUUUUUUAUUUUUUAACUUAGGGAACUGAGAUUGUCCGUGAAUUUUCCGUUAAUUUUGUGUGUGAAUUUUCCGUGAAUUUUGUGUGUGUGUGUGUGUGGAGAUUUCAAGAAUAUUGGG